UACAGGUGCCUGGGGAACCAGAUGGUCCCCGCAAUGGACCCCCAUUCUCCUGCUGUCUCCGUUCACAAUGCCUGUUCUCUUGCAGGAAGGAUCUCAUGGCCCUGCCCGGUCCUGCUGCUCACUUUCUGCUUCUCACCCUGAUGGUGCUUCCAGAGCUGAGCCCUGCCGGCUCCUUGGGACCUGGGAUCCCUGCUCGGAAUCUCCCCAAGAACCAUAUCAACCCGCCUAGCCCAGCACUGUGGACGCCACCGGCUGGCCACCACCACAGGAGGGGCCUGGGCAAGAAGGAGCGGGUUCCAGGCCGACCAGGCCGGGUCCACAAUGGAGCUCUUGUCACCACCACCACUACCAGGCAGGCCUCUAGGCUCCCAGUGGCAGGAGAGCGGUUGCCUGGGCAGAGUCCCCCUCGCCUACUGCAGGAGAAGGACUUAUUCCUGAACUUGGCCUUGCCCUACCCGGAGAAGGACAACCGGUCUCCAGGGCCAAAGAAGGCCAGGAAACACGGCAGAGAGCACAAGAGACGCAGGGAGAGGUUGAGACUGCACCGAGGCCUGGCACAGGGCCCCAGCUCUCUGAUGCAGAAGGCUCCCUUCUCAGAUGAUGGGGUGACCGAUGCCACCAUGGAGGACUCGUCCACCAGCUUGGCCCCCACUAUCCUCUACCUGACCACCCUGGGAGCCACCCCUGCCACCGAGGAGUCUCUGGUGCUGCCCAGCACAGCCCUGUGGCCGCAGGUCCAACCCCGACCCGAGGGGGAGGUGAUGCCCACGCUGGACAUGGCCCUGUUUGACUGGACUGACUACGAAGAUCUGAAGCUUCAGGCCUGGCCACCUGCAAGGAGGAGAGAGAGACACCGUGGGAGGCUGUCAGGUAACGAGACAUCGGUGGCUGAGGGUGACCUGUGCCACCAUCACCAAGACUGUCUGCCAGGGUCCUGCUGUGACCUCCGGGAGCGACAUUGUGGCCCCCACAACCGUGGCCUUAACAACAAAUGCUUCGAUGACUGCAUGUGCGCAGAAGGCCUGCGCUGCUACGCCAAGUUCCACCGGCACCGCAGGGUGACCCGCAGGAAGGGCCGCUGCGUGGAGCCGGACACGGCCGACGGCGACCAGGGCUCCUUCAUCAACGUCUAGCGGCGGGCCGCGGCU